CAAAUGUAGCACAUUGUACAAUGAAAAUCCAUCUAUAAUCUUCGAGUGGACUACAAGCAAAGCAUGGCGUCCCUUCCUUCACCCAGCGCUGUAAUCCAACGCCCUCGCUCAUGGCGCUUCUCACAAUCAUCACCCUCCAAUGGACUCCCCAUUCCUAUCCGCUCAAAACUCCGCGUUUUCUGCUCUGGCAACAACAUCAACAUUUCCAAUCAACAAUCCUGUUAUUGGGCGAGCGGAGUUAACAGACGUGAAAUUAUGCUAGGGAUUGGAUUGACUGCGUUUUCUUUUCAAGAAGUUGUUUCUAAUGCCUUAGCUGAGAGUGUUAUGGUUGCUGAGGAUUAUCGGACGUAUACAGAUGAAGCGAAUAAGUUCAGAUUGGCGAUUCCUCAAGAUUGGCAAGUGGGUAAUGGUGAACCGAAUGGGUUCAAGUCGGUUACGGCGUUUUUUCCUCAAGAAACUUCAAGUUCCAAUGUCAGUGUUGUAAUCUCGGGGCUUGGUCCUGAUUUCACGAGAAUGGAAUCCUUUGGCAAGGUUGAAGAAUUUGCUGAUACGCUGGUGAGCGGACUGGACAGAAGCUGGAAAAGGCCACCAGGUGUGGCGGCGAAACUUAUAAACUGUAGAUCAUCAAAAGGGAUAUAUUACAUAGAGUACACACUGCAGAAUCCAGGUGAAAGCCGCAAACAUUUAUACUCUGCAAUUGGGAUGGCAUCUAAUGGCUGGUACAACAGACUUUACACCAUAACAGGACAGUAUGCGGAUGAAGAAUCAGAGAACUAUAGUUCAAAAAUUGAGAAGGUUGUCAAUUCCUUCACUUUCAUUUGAUGAUGCUACAUAACUGGCUUUCACAACACCAUUCAUUAUGGGGUUAAAGAUUUUCCACUUUUCUCCCUCUAAUCUUAGUUUUUUUUUUUUUAUUAUUAUUAUUAUUUUUUUUUUUAUCGUUUAUUUCGACUCCUACGCUCUGACACUUCAAAAUGCUACAAAUGUUUCUAUAUCAAUUUAGGUUUAUUAUUACCAAAACAUUAAUUAAUUAAUUAAUUUAAAAUUAAGGUAAGAAAGCCAACAAUUUCCUC